CUUCUCUUUCUUUCUAUGGGAGCAAUUUUCAUGGCCAGCUUCCAUCCACAUUAGGAAAUCUUGCAAAACUCACUUCUCUAGAUCUUGGCAAUAGCCUUUUCUCUGGGAAAGUACCAUCUUCACUGGGAAAUCUUACACAACUAGAACAAUUACUCCUUUCAAAUAACAAUUUUGAAGGCAGGUUCCCAGUUUCACUAACAAAUAUUACCAAACUCACUCAGAUAGAUAUAUCAGGAAACCAAUUGAAAGGGUCAAUCCCAUCGGAAAUAAGUAGACUUACUCAUUUGUCUUCCCUUGACUUGUCACAAAACUCACUCACAGGGGCUAUCCCCUCGGAAAUAAGUAGACUUACUAAUUUGUCUUCCCUUUACUUGUAUCAAAACUCACUCACAGGGGCUAUCCCCUCUGUUUUGUAUACAAUGCCUUCAUUGUCUGUACUAUAUCUAGAUCAAAAUCAGCUUACUGGCCCUCUCCAAUUCCAAAAUAUCUCUUCAUCACAAUUAAAAUACUUGGGAUUGAGUGUAAACAAAUUGGAUGGACCGAUUCCAAGGUCAAUUUGCAAUUUCACUAAGCUACAAGAGCUAUAUCUUUCUUCGAUCAACCUAAAGGACAAGAUGGAGUUAAACAUAUUCUUCCAGGUUAAAGAGCUUCAAUCUCUCGAUCUUUCAGGUAACAAUUUGUUGGUUUCAAAAGGAAAUAUCAAUUCAACCCACCACAAAUUUUCAGGUUUGUAUUUGUCUUCUUGCAAUUUGCGUGAAUUCCCUGAUUUCCUAAAAGCCCAAAAUAAAUUGCAAAGUUUAGACCUUUCCAACAACAAAAUUGAAGCUAAAAUACCUAAAUGGUUUUGUAAUGUUGGAAAAGGGACGCUACAAUACCUGAAUCUUUCUUUUAACCUUCUCAGCGGUUUUGAACAACCGCUAAAAGUUCUUCCUUGGAAAUCUCUUUACAUUUUAGAUUUACGUUCCAACAUGUUGCAAGGGUCACUCCCAAUUCCCCCAUUGUCUACGUCAUAUUUUUUUGCCUCAAACAAUAAUCUAACCGGAAAAAUCCCUCAAAUGAUUUGCAACGUGAAUUCCCUCCAAGUCCUUGAUAUUUCUAACAACCGGUUGAAUGGUCACAUUCCACAUUGUUUAGGUCACUUCAGCAGCUUUCUUUCAGUAUUGAACAUGAGAAACAAUUGCUUUCAAGGAAGCAUGCCUGAAACAUUCAUAAAAGGAUGCUCGUUGAUGACAUUGGACUUCAGUCGCAACAAAAUGCAGGGGAAGAUUCCACGAUCCUUAGUGCAAUGUCGAAUGCUGGAGGUCCUAAAUCUUGGAAAUAACAACAUGAAUGAUGCAUUCCCCUUUUGGUUACAGUCUUUGCCAGAAUUACGGAUUCUUGUCUUGCAUGCAAAUCGAUUCCAUGGCCCUAUUUGGAAUCCUCAUACCAGGUUUGGCUUUUCCAAGUUGCAUGUCAUCGACCUCUCUCACAACAAUUUCUCUGGUAGGCUACCUUCAGAAUACUUUAGAACUUGGAAUGCAAUGCAAAUGGUUCCUGCCAAAGAUAAAGCACAACCAGAAUACAUGGGAAUUCAAUCAAAUUAUUAUAAAGACUCAAUGACAGUGGUGAAUAAAGGGUUAGAAAUAUUUUUGGUAAAGAUCUUGACUAUCUUCACGGCUAUUGAUCUCUCCAAUAAUAGGUUUUAUGGAGAAAUUCCGAAUAGUGUGGGAAACUUAAAGGGACUAAUUGUACUCAAUUUAUCAAGCAAUAGCUUCAUGGGCCAUUUCCCUUCAUCAUUAGGGAACCUAACUGCGCUUGAAUCUUUGGAUCUUUCUCAAAACGAGCUCUCAGGUGAAAUCCCUCAACAACUAAUAGGUCUUACAUUUCUUGAAUAUUUAAACUUGUCUCACAAUCAACUUGUUGGUCCAAUUCCACAAGGUGGACAAUUUUCGACAUUUGAAAUUUCCUCUUUUGAGGGAAACUUUGGAUUGUGUGGCUCUCCAUUGCUAAAUAAAUGUGGACAUAGUGAAAUUCCACCAAGCAAGGAGUCAUCUUUUGGAGAGUGGUUCAGUUGGAAAGUGGUAGUGAUAGGAUAUGCUUGUGGGUUUGUAAUUGGACUGGUUACUGGGCAUGUCAUCAUAUCGAAGAGGCCAAAUUGGUUUGUGAGAACUUUUAGAGUGAACCUAUGAAGGCAAAGAUAACUUGAGUAGACUCUUAGAGGGCCUAGAGGCACUUAAUGUGGAUUUAUAUUUUCUGUAUUAGCUGUAUUUCUGCAAUAAGAUAAGCUUUAUUUCCCCCCAGAAAGAUAAGCUUGGCUGAAUGUAAUAAAAUAACUCUUAUGGUAGUCUUGUUAUAUUUCUGCACUUUGUUAUAUUCUCAUAAUAACAAACAUAUGUUUCCAGAA